AUGCGUCACCAAUUUGACCCUGCAUUUCAGAAGGCGGCGAGCAUCUGUCUGGUGGACGGCGAGCUCCCAUGCUGCUUUGCACACCGCUGGAAAACAUCUCACCUUUCCAGGACGACCUUCCUCUUCCUCUCCCUCCUCUUUCUCACAAAGCACCCACGGCCUUACCCUAAAUCCAUUGUCACCCGGGCCGCCCUCGGAGCCCCCCUCAGAGCUUCCCUCAUUCUCCUGUCCGCCCCCCACCAUCCCGCCCAGCUGUGGCCCUCACAGGGCGCGACCGCUGGCGCUCACCUGGAAGGUCCUUGGCCUCAGGACGACUGCCAGCACCAAAACCUUUCCUACAUGAGGGACAAGGCCACACAGACCCCCAGGGCCUGGGCAGAUGAGAGAAGGAGAGGCUCUCAUAAGCGUUCGGCCUCCUGUGGGAGCACCGACCAGCUCAAGGAGAUUGCCAAGCUGCGUCAGCAACUCCAGCGCAGCAAGCGGAGCAGCCGCCAUCGGAGGGACAAAGAGCGCAAGUCGCCCUUCAAUGGCAGCCACACCAUCAUGUCUUCACAGGCUCCGUUGCCCAAGACUAUACUGAUUCCCAUUCCCAUAUCCAAGUCGUCCGCGCCUCGUUUCCGCAACAGCGUGGAGGGUCUCAACCAGGAGAUCGAACGAAUCAUCAUCCGGGACACCCCCGAAAAGGAAGAGACCAUUGUUCCACAGGAUGUGCCGGACGGGCACCGCGCGCCACCACCUGUCCCCCCGCGGCGCAGCAGCAGCACCCGCAGCAUUGACACACAGACACCUUCGGGUGGCGGCUUAAGUGGGAGCCACAGUAACAGCAGCAGCCGCCCUGACUCCAUCUCGCCCUCCUACCUCACAGUUCUCAAUGACGCAGUCGGCGGCGGCAGCCCCUUGGAGGACAAAGAGUUGGGGCCCUGCUCCCCGCUGCCAAAAUACGCCGCUUCUCCACGACCCAACAACAGCUACACGUUCAAGAGAGAACCUCCGGAGGGCUGCGAAAAAGUCAAAGUGUCUGAGGAGUCUCUGCCUAAAACCCAGCAGGAGGUCCCCCCCUUCCUGUGUCCCGACCGCAACAAAGUAAACUUCAUCCCCAACAGCGGCUCGGCCUUCUGCCUCGUCAGCAUCCUCAAGCCACUCUUGCCGGCCCCGGACCUUAAUUUUCGCCCCGGGGUGGGCCUGCGUAGUCUGUCCCCAUCGCUGGUGCCUCUGUCUACCCAGCCCUGCCUCCUGGAGGAGCCCGAGAGCUUCUGA